ACGUGUAUAAAGUAUGUGAACUAGCGAUUAUAAACCAUCGCUUAAGUGCAUACCCACUAUAUAAAAACAAAAUAUCACCAGCUGAUUGGCUUACAUAACCUCCAUCACUCUUUCCAAAACAAACUCAACUUUUAAGAAUCAUGAUAUCGGCUGUUCGGAAUUUCUUGUUAGAGCGUGCUGGUUUAACCCUGCCUCGUAUUACAUCAGCGCUGUAUAGCACAGCUACCACCACCAGCAGUCCAGAGGCCGUACAAAACAUUACAACCUCUGGAAUCAACGAAGUAACUGCCGAGAAGGAUAAAUUGUUUAGUAAAUUGGAAAUUGAGUUACGUGGUGUAGAUCCGGCAGUGUUAAAAAGUUAUGCCUGGUUUGCCAACACAGCGGCAAAUCACUUAAAUAUAGAAGUAGGCAAAAGUUGGGCUGAGCGUAAGGCACAUCACGAUCGCUUGACUCUAUUAAAAUCCGUACAUAUUUAUAAGAAACAUCGUGUACAAUAUGAGGUACGCACAUAUUUUCGUUAUAUGAAUUUUCAUAAAAUGACGGGAUCAACAUUGGAUACUUUCCUGGAGUACAUUGAACGCAACUUACCCGAAGGCGUUGCUUUGAACGCGACGAAAACAGAGAUACAAGAAAUUCCAGAGCAUUUGCGGCAACCACCAAGUGAAAUUUAACUAUAAUCGAAUUCGGAGUGUUUUAGUUAUUUACAUUUGAAUUGCAAAAUAUAAUAAGAUAUGAAUGAAAGAA